ACGGACCACAGAGGUAGUAAUGCGUUUAGCGUAAGUUGUCGGUGAAGUUUCUGGAAGUUUUAGAAACUUAAAAAAAAUAAAAAAAAAUAAAUAAAAAGACGAGGGGUGAAGUUGAGGGGAGACUUCCUCCGCGAGGCUGCCACGUCUGAACCCAGCAUCGGCUCUACUUCCUCUGGAGCUCAGCUGGAAGAGACGGCGACGGAGGGCAGGGACACACGUAAAUUAAUUAACGAUCUACCAUGCUGCCCAGACUGCCUUUCUUCCUGCUCGUUUCCUUGCCAUCCCUCCUGGUGGGAAGCAGCACCACUAAUUCAACCAAGACUCAUCCUCCGCCACGUCCUCCUCCUCCUUCCCCUCUGGGUGACCCGAGCUGGGCUCUGGGUCUGCGCCUCUACCAGGCCCUCCGCUCCGACCCGAACGCCGUAAACACCGUCUUCUCCCCUCUGCUCGUGGCCUCCUCGCUCGGGGCGCUGGCCGAAGGCUCUUCCGGUAAAACCGCCAGCCAGGUGCAAGACCUCCUCAAGCCGACCUCCUCCUCCUCCAAAGCAGGAGCUCAGGUCGGGGACCUCCUGUCCGCCGCGUUGAAGAGCGUCGCCGAAGCCAACGGGACCAGCUUUCACUUGCAUGCAGCCUCGGCCGUGUUCGCCAAGCAGGCUCCCGCGGUCAGCAAGGAGUUCGCAAAGAAGAGCCAGACCAGGUUCGGGCUGCGGCACCAGGCGCUCGGGAAAGGAGACAGCAAGGCUGACCUGAAGCAGCUCCGUGACUGGGCUAAGGCUGGACUCAGUGGGCUGGAGGCAGCUCCUCUGGGGGAUGAAAUCAAGGCUAAGGCCGGAGCGCUGAUUCUGGCAAAUGCUCUACGCUUUAAAGGGCUGUGGGAGAGGGAGUUCAGCGAGGAGAGCGCGGACCGUCGGACCUUCCUGGGGAAGAAAUACACCAGAGUGGUGAUGCUGCACAGAGCAGGCUUGUUCCGUUACCACGAGGACGUGGAGAACAUGGUGCAGGUCCUGGAGGCGCCCCUGUGGGCGGGCGGGGCCAGCCUGGUGCUGCUGCUGCCGUUCCACGUGGAGGACCUGUCCCGGCUGGAGAAGCUGCUGACCCUGGAGCGCCUCUCCAAGUGGCUGGAGGGGGCCGGCGUCAGCAGCGUGGCCGUCUCCGUGCCCAGGGCCAACGUCACCAGCGCGCUGAGUCUGCAGAAGCAGCUGUCCGCUCUGGGACUGAGCGACGCCUGGGACCAGAAGGCGGCGGAUUUCUCCGGGGUGUCGGACAAGGGCGGGGGGAAGCUGCACCUGGGUGGCGUCCUGCACUGGGCGUCCCUGGAGCUGGCGGCCCAGGCGGGGAAAGGGGACGCGGACCUGGAGGAGGAGCACGUGCAGGACGCCAAGCUCUUCUACGGCGACCACCCCUUCGUCUUCUUCGUCAGGGACGACGCCACCGGGGCCCUGCUGCUGAUGGGGGCUCUGGACCACGCGGAGGGGGAGGCUUUACAUGACGAACUGUAGCGUCCGUCCUUCCCUCCUUCUCGUCUCUUUCCCCUCUCGGAGACGACACAGCGGCUCCUCAGUCGAGACAUUGUCAUUCAGCGUAGCACACUAUCACAUCAGACCACGGCUGGCUGUCAUGCAUUGACACCGCGUAGUCGCACACUGUGACUGACACCGACACCGACACUUACACACUCGCUUGUGUGCACAGCAGCACCUACAUGGCACAUAUAAGUGAAAAUACUGUACAAGACAUUACUCGCGGUGACGGAUGCAGCUAAAACUUUUGAGAGGCUCCCUUGUCUUUUUUUUUUUUUAUUUUUACACUCACCCACGACACACAUUGAAGGCCUCGGUGAUCAAGUCGACACAGAAUGACAAACACAGAGCGCGCCGACGAACGCGCUGACACCGGCCUCGACAGAGAACUCGAGCAAACGGAGGCCGGCGGCGGCGCUCGGCGUGGCCGCGGCCCGAGCGCUGACGGGCUCCCCUGGGCUACAUCUGAGGAAGACUGAUGGAUCAGGCAAGUGCUUAUUGAUGAGCCAGCUUAAUGCUAAUGACUGUGAUGCGUUACGGCGCUUGUCAACAACGCGAAGGGGACGGGGGAACCUUUUAAUCUCUUAAUGCCAUCGGGGGAUCGAUGACACCAUUAUGCCGCUGGAAGCAAACAUGACUGACACGGCUCGACUUACAUGUAACAGCCUGGUAGGGGUUAGAGGCGCUACAGGAACUUGAUUUCCAUUUGUAUAUUGGGAGUUUUUUUUUAUUGUACUAUAAUGAGGGAUGAGGGUGCUUUUUGCUUCUAUUCACUUGCGGAUACAAGAAAUCAAACAUUUCCUAUUAAUAAAUAAUGCGUGCGAAUCGCCA